AUGAGUUUUAAAACUAAAGCUACAAAAGCUCUGAUAAAAUAUUUAAUAGGCGGUAGUAAUUCACAAAAUUCACAAAAUUCGACAGAACGUACGGAUCAACCCACAAAUACAGGCAGACCUUUUAGGAAAAAUAAAUGGAAGAUACCACCAGGUUUAACCGAGAAAGAAGCAAGGAUUCUUAAAAAAGUGAAAAAAAGAGCAGAAUUAUUGGAUGUUGGAUUUUGUGUUUGUUGUUGUUGUAAAGUUGGAUUAGUACCAGUGAUUGGUGAUUUCAUGAGCACGAUUUUAUCCUUAAUGUUAAUAAGUGUUGCUAAAGAAAUUGGUUUACCGAAAUAUGUCAUUAGUCAAAUGAUGUUUAACGUAUUCAUCGAUUUUAUGUUUGGGCUAAUACCUGUGGCUGGUGAUUUCUUUGAUUUCUUAUACAAAGCCAAUAUACGAAAUGCUAUUAUUUUAGAGAAUUAUCUUGUUGACAGAGCUAAAAAUAGAUCUGUGGUAAUAGAGGAUGGAAGUGUAGAGGUCAUUCGACCAGAAAAUGCUGUACCCGGACGCGAUCGUACAGCGAAUGCCCUUUACAUUCUUCCGAAAUUUAUUCACAAAGUUGCAAAUAAUGAUUUCCCUUACAAAAGUAGCAAAUGGAAGAACUGGGAACGUAAUUGCUCUAGAAGGAACCUAAGAACACAUCAUUGUCCUGAGAACGACAUUGCUCUUAAGAAAACGUAUAAAAACACCAUUGUCCUGAAGGGAACCCAAAGAAAUACUUUUAUAAUGGGUGCCAUUCGCCUGGUGGGUACUAUUCGCUUGGUGGGUGCUACUUGUUUGGUGGGUACUAUUCGCUUGGUGGGUGCUACUUGUUUGGUGGGUGCUAUUCGUUUGGUGGUUGCUACUUGUUUGGUGGGUGCUAUUCGUUUGGUGGUUGCUACUUGUUUGGUGGGUGCUAUUCGCUUGGUGGUUGCUACUUGUUUGGUGGGUGCUAUUCGCUUGGUGGUUGCUACUUGUUUGGUGGUUGCUAAUGCUGCUGCUACUUGUUUGGUGGAUGCUGCUACUACUUUCUUGAGGAUUGGCGUUUUCUUUGUCUUGGGAGAGAAUGAAGAUCGCGUUAUUUGA